GCAGUAACGCAGGUAGCUUCCUGGGUUGUAUUCGUCUUGACAGUAACGGCGACAGUUUGUUUAGCAGCCGUCUAGAAGGACACCGAGCGUCAUUUUCAGCCGGAACACUAGAAUUCCUGGCUCAUGGCAUUCAGAAGAGCCUUGAAACAUGCGGCGGUGGUGGGAGGUGUGGCGGUCACGACGGUCUUCGGCCUGUCACAGCUGAUCGAGUACAGGAGGACGCAGCAUGGAUUGGCUCAGUUGGUGCGCGUGGCAGCCGAAGCAGAACUGAAGGUCCUUUUUGCGAAAGAGCUUCCCUCCAGGGAGGCCCAACUCGCAGCGUUGCAAGACACUACGGAGUUUGACGUUCUGAUUGUCGGAGGAGGGGCCACAGGAGCCGGAUGUGCCUUAGACGCCGUCACCCGGAACCUCAGAACUGCCCUUGUAGAGCGAAGCGACUUCUCUUCGGGGACGAGCAGCCGGAGUACGAAGCUCAUCCACGGCGGAGUGCGUUACCUACAGAAGGCCAUCAUGAAGCUAGACUACGAACAGUACAUGAUGGUGAAGGAGGCGCUGCACGAGCGAGCCAACCUGCUAGAGAUUGCCCCUCAUCUUUCAGCACCAUUACCCAUCAUGCUUCCAGUGUACAAAUGGUGGCAGUUGCCCUACUAUUGGGCAGGAAUAAAGAUGUACGACAUGGUGGCUGGGAUCCACUGCCUAAAGAGCAGCUAUCUCCUGAGUAAGUCCAAAGCUCUGGAGUAUUUUCCCAUGCUGAAUAAGGACAAGCUGGUAGGAGCCAUCGUCUAUUACGACGGUCAACACAAUGAUGCCCGGAUGAACCUGGCCAUCGCGCUGACAGCCGCCCGCCACGGUGCGGCCAUCGCCAACUACACUGAGGUGGUUCACCUUCUGAAGACCAAAAACCAGAAGACUGGCAGGGAGCAGUUGUGCGGUGCCCACUGCAGAGACGUCCUCACAGGGAAGGAGUUUGAUGUGAGGGCCAAAUGUGUGAUCAAUGCCACCGGACCCUUCACCGACUCUCUGAGGCAGAUGGACAAGCAGGAGACUGCCAAGAUCUGCCAGCCAAGUGCAGGUGUCCACAUCGUCAUGCCGGGAUACUACAGCCCCGACAAUAUGGGCCUGUUGGAUCCGGCUACGAGCGACGGCCGCGUCAUCUUCUUCUUGCCCUGGGAGAAGAUGACCAUCGCUGGGACCACCGACACCCCCACCGAUGUGACAGCCCACCCCAUACCGCGGGAGGAUGACAUCGACUUCAUUCUGAGGGAGGUGCGCAACUACCUCAGCCCGGAUGUGGAAGUGCGGAGAGGAGAUGUGCUUGCGGCCUGGAGCGGCAUCCGCCCACUGGUGACCGAUCCCAACUCCAAAGACACCCAGUCCAUCUGCAGGAAUCAUGUUGUCAGCAUCAGUGACACAGGACUGAUCACCAUCGCAGGUGGGAAGUGGACAACCUACCGCGCUAUGGCCCAGGAGACGAUAGAUGCAGUAAUAAAAUUCCACCACCUCCCAGCCAGAAACUGCAGGACGGUGGGACUACUGCUGGAGGGGGCGAAGGGCUGGACACCAACUCUCUUCAUCCGACUGGUACAGGACUACGGCCUGGAGGAGGAGGUUGCUCAACAUUUGGCCACAGCAUAUGGUGACAAAGCAUUUGAUGUUGCCAAAAUGGCUCAGGUUACCGGCCAAAGGUGGCCGAUCGUUGGGAAACGUCUGGUGUCUGAAUUUCCCUACAUCGAAGCAGAGGUCCUGUACGCCAUCAAGGAGUACGCCUGCACCGCCAUCGACGUCCUGGCGCGACGGACGCGGCUCGGCUUCCUGAAUGUGCAGGCGGCAGACGAAGCUCUCCCGAGGAUUGUCCAAAUCAUGGGCAAAGAGCUUAACUGGAGUCAGGAGAAGAGGACGGAGGAACUUGAAGCAGCGAAAAUGUUUCUGUACCACGAGAUGGGCUACAGAUCUCGAUCGGAGCGGCUCACAAAGACAUCUGAGAUCCACCUGGACUACCAGGACGUGAUGAGGUACAAGAACCGCUUCCACAAGUUUGACAAAGAGUCCAAAGGCUUCAUCACCACUGUCGAUGUCCAGCGGGUAUUACAGAGCAUCAACGUCCACAUUGACGAGGACGCGCUCCACGAAAUCCUUAACGAGGUGGACCUCAAUAAGAACGGACAAGUUGAAUUCAACGAGUUCCUGAAGCUGAUGAGCGCCGUGAAGAAGGGACAAGUGUCCGACAGCCGCCUGGCCAUCCUCUUGAAGUCAGCCGAGGCCACGCUGGACACGAGGGAGGCGGUGACGGUGGACCGCAGUGGUGGAGGAGUCUGAGCCUCAGCGGGUAUAUGCAAAUGGUUCCAUUUGAAUCACAAUAACGCAAUCAGGCUCGCAGCGGGAUGAGCUUGACCAAAUCAAGCGCUGCAUUUUUAGGGGAAAUCUGAUCUAAUGAUUGAAGUCCGGGAGAUAAAUCUUGUGCCUGCGAUCGCACAAAAAUGUUUCCCAUUUAACACAAAACCUUUUUGACAUUUAGUGUCUCUAGAAUCACUCCGUAUCUCACUGAAUCAACACUGAUUGUGGAUUAAAGAUGUGCUUUGGGGCUUUGUUUUGUGAAGCAAACUGAAUGUUCGCUACCAAGAAAAAGAAAGAUUUGAAAAGUUGAACAUGUGCAAAUUAUUUACACCAACAGGCAAAGGCUUCGCUUAAUUGAGAUAUGAAAGUAAAUGAAAUUGUCAUCUUACAAUAAACCUUGUACUGAAUCCGUUUGUGGAGUUUGUCACACUGCAGCUAGUUAGAAAUGAACAUCCACUAAUCAUGGGCAGGAACGUCAGUUAGCCUCGGUUUUUAAUGAUACGUCCAACAGAUAAAAAUUGUAAAGAAUAUAGAGAAAAAAUAUACACAGACCUAUAUGAGUAGAGUUCAAGAAAACGAUAUAUGUUCAGUCAGAUUUAUGUUCUAAGGCGAGAGGAAUUAGGAAUUUUAGCCAUAAAAACAUCUAAAAUCAAUUUCAUGUUAAGGUUAAACCCUACAGAGGCUCAUCAGUAUUUUAUAUGUUCUUGAAAUGUAUUAUGUUAUUCUUAAGGUCUUAUUGUUCUGACACUAAAACGGCUUUAAGUACAUUUUUAAUGUGUGCAGCAUCUUCAUUUAUACUAAAAAUGAUAAAAAUUCUUCUGCUUGACAUGUUUUCAGAUGAAAGAAGUUGUUGCAGACAUUAAAAUGAGCAGUUUGUAAUAUUCAGCGAUUCUUUUACAUGCAAAGAGACACAUUUGCUUCAUAUCUAAAGUUUCACAUUCUUCCCAGUCUUCAUCCGUUAUACGCUAAUACUUCUUACCAAUGUUUCAGGAGCUUACUUCUGAUUGGUCAGUAGAUUCAAGUCAUGACUCGUGACCAAUGAGUGAUUAUUUGGUUUUUCAAAUCGAUAAGAUUCAUAAUCGCCCCGUCAUUUGCAUCUCAAAAUGACCGAAAUGUGUCCCGUGUUGAUUUAAUACAGAAUUGAUCUUUCAACUUUAAAAAAACUGAGACGAUUAGACGCAAAUAUGUACAACCACAAGUAUUUGGCUGAAAUGCAGUAGCCUUCAACGAGCCUCUGCUGUUAUUCUGGAUUGGAUAUUUGAGCAAAAAGAAACGCUCUCUAAAGCAUGAUGCUGCCAUCAGUGUGGGAAUUAUGUUUUAUUGUAUAAAUGACAUCUUUAGACAAAUAUUGCUUAGUAAUAAUCAUCACAUUCAGCCACAUCAGAAGCACAAUGCACCUUUUUUUUUAAAGGUUCCUCAAGCACUCCUGCUGCCCUAAAUUUCUUUUCAUUUUGUUUUCAGGUGAUCACACUGUCUAAAAGCUGUAGUCACUGAUGUUUACAAGCUUUCAGCUUUUUGAGUUGAUCUUUUUUUUAACUGAUUAUUCUUUUAUUCACUACGCUUGUUUGCAGUUCACCUACGGAGGUUUUAUUAAGGUAUAUAAAUAAAAUAUACUUGGUGAAGGUUGUUUCUUAAAGCGAACAAUUAUUCUUAACAUUUGAAAUUCUGUGCUACGCUAUGGGGUAUCAAAGGUGUCGAGAUUUAAUAAAAAAAACUAAGUGCUUAAAAAAUACAGAAUUUAUUAAAUUAGUAUUUGAAGGGUUAAAAUCCUGUUAAAUUAAAUUUCAUUUUUUUAAAAUAAUACUGUUAGUCACACACAGUGUAAUUUCAAAAUGUGUUGCAGCACCUCAUUUGAAAAUGUUCAUUUAUUAAGGAAUUUUAUUGCUUAUUUUUUAAAUAAAUGACUUGUAACAACUGUUUAUGAAUUGACCAAGUAAUGUUUCAUUAUUUAUAUUUUUUAGUGAAUUGUGGCAUGUUUGGACCUCCAUACAAACAUUUAAAAUUAUAGAAUAAACGUGAUGUUUUAUUUUAUUCAUUUUCUUUUCAUGCUUCUGUUGGAGAACAMUAUUUCUACAUGCUGGCUAAUUCUCUUCAAAGUUUUUCAGGUGCAAAUGUUUUAUGCYGUGAUGAAUGUAUGCCAUGUGCCUUCACUAUGAUUUUAUUGUCUCUCAAAGCGCACAAAGUCUAUAAAUGGUUUGUAUUUAAACAUUUGUUACAUAAAUGACAUUUAUAAAACGUA